AUGUCUUGCCAGUUGAACGACCCAGCCGACGCUCAGCGCUACAAUCUCGCGGUCAACAAAUGGGCGGGACGAUUUAUUCCACUAUUGCUAACUGCGACUGUUGGGUAUGCGACCUAUGUUCUUGUCUACCAGCUAUGUGUCAAGUAUCUUCUAGAUAAGCAUAACGAUAAUGGAGCUGCUAUUGCAGUCCUAGUGGUCUACUUCAUCUUGUUCCUCUUUAUGGUGGCCAGCUACUUCCGUCUCACUCACCUUACAUUCUUCCGCCCUCCUUUCGUGCCCCUUGGAUCAGCGGCCAUCCGCGCUCGAGAAGCACGCCGUCAAGCAAGGAAUAACAGGAAUAUAGAGGACGAGAUUGGUGGUGGUCAAUACAACGAUAGCGAUGAUGGUCAAAACGACCCGAACAGUCCGGGCUUGGAGCUUUUCUACUCGAAGGAUGUGUUUGUCUGCGAUCCAAACGGCAAGCCUCGGUGGUGCUAUCACUGCAAAAAUUGGAAGCCCGAUCGCGCUCAUCACGAUAGUAAUACAAACCGAUGUGUUAGAAGGUUGGACCAUUUUUGUCCUUGGGUAGGAGGUCCGGUUGGAGAAAACAACAUGAAGUUUUUCAUCCAAUUCGCUUUCUACGCGGCACUGUAUUGUGUUCAUUUGCUAGUUGUGAUGUCGUUCUACAUCCACAAGCAGAUAUCCAGAGAGGGUGAACGUGUCAAUGCACAGGUCGCUGUAAUACUGGGCCUAGCUGGAUUUUUUGGCAUCUUCACAGGCGGCAUCUUUUCAACCUCCGCCGAAUACGCUAUGAAAAAUAAGACUUUGAUCGAGGGCGUUCAGAUAGCGAACAAUAGACGGGUCACCUUGGCGGUGAUCAGGCCUCCGCUGCAACAACUUCAGCAGAUCGAUCCAGCUCUAGCUUCGAAUCCGCCAUACACAGUGAUAACUUAUCCUUUACCGAUUGGUGCACCACUAAAUGGCCCUCGUCCAGGUCUUCCAGGAAGAGCUGAUCCUCUUAUCAGAAAUGAGGCAAUGAACCAAUGUGACCUGGCACCAGGAAUUCCAGUUCAGAACGAACUGAGUGAACACCAUCCCGAUCCGCCUCGAGGACAAGGGGCCGAGGCUGUUAUUUCAAAAACAGUCAUGGAUGUCCCCGUAGCGAGUGGGACAGUUGAUGGCCGACCUUCUCAGCCGCAAGCCCAAAGGGAUCUUAUGGCUACUCGUACGUUUGGAAUACUUGGCAUGGAAAAUUUCGGAAAUCCGUGGGAUUUGGGCAGCUGGCAUAAGAAUUUCCGAACUAUCAUGGGGAUGAACAUUGUCGAUUGGUUCUUUCCGGUCAGAAUGAGUCCGUGUUGCAAUCAUGAUAGUGGAGAUAGCCAGUUUGCCCUUGGCCCCCCAGUUGACGACGCCAAAAGAAGGGCAGGAUUCCUUGCCCCAGUUGCGCAAGUUAACACGAUAAUUCCCGAACCAGCUCAGCAGGAAAAGCAGCGUCUGCAUUCAAAACAAAAAUCUGGAGCCCAGGAUAACAAUAACCCCAUCCCGCCUCCGCAGCAGCUGGAAAAGCUUGAUGAGCAAGGUAGAAAACAGGAGAGCACUGGAAACAGUUCCGAUGCAGUUAGUGGAACUUGA